UAUUGACGUCUCACAUUCCACAAUGUAAGCGCUCUCCAUAAAUGACUACUACCAAUUGGACUUCUCUCAGUACUCAAAGCUCUCAGCUCACCACAUAAACAAAGGCACAUUGCAACUUCAUCACAGCGCAUCACCAUCGUUAUACCAACACGGAGACCAGCUACAGAGUAAACGGAUCGCACAGGGUCCCCAAACCAUUUCAAUGCAACCUUUGACAUUAUUCUGUAUUACCUGCAAAGACACUCCAGCAACUACUACGACUAGUUUUUUUGUUGUUAUUUGUAUUAUUCUGGAAAGCUACACGAAACUUUAAGGAGGCUUAUCUCACAUGUAAAGACGGAACCGACACAGCAAGCAAGUACGUAUAAAUCACGAUUCGUGGACUUUAUGAAACUUGAGACCCCGGUUCGGAAGAGCGCCCCCAGCCGAGCUCCAGCUCCGAGACCCGGCUAACAGAAAGUUCAGUGGUCGCUGCAGCUUCUUCCACUGAGCUUUCCAGACACCCUCCUCUCGUCACACCUCCCCCAGGAAAAACAAGCACGAUUCAGCGAGCAAAAUAUCAACCAGAUCAAUGGCAUUCUGAAUAUGAACAGGCCUGCUCAGUUUUUGGAACAGAUGCAUUUUGCCCACCUAAAAUGCAGACCUCGAGAUAUGCCCUGUGUGCAGGCUCAGUAUGGCCCGUCACCCCCGAGCUCCAGCUAUGCCACACAGACCUACCCUUACGCAGGGGACUAUAGUUCUGACAUCAUGAACCCGGACUACACCAAGUUUGGCAUGGACCUGAGUGGCACAGAUAUCACUGCCGCUGCCACCACUUCCCUGCCCAGCUUCAGCACCUUCGUGGAGGGCUACACCGGCACCUAUGAACUCAAGCCAUCCUGCUUGUACCAGGUGCAAUCCUCUGGCCAGAGACCCCUGAUCAAAGUGGAGGAUGCCCGCUACGCACAUCCACCCAUCCAGCAGUCCCAGUCUGAGGACCCCAUGCCCAGAACCUCCAUGUACUUCAAGCCAUCACCCCCUUCCACCCCCACCACCCCUGGCUUCCCUGGCCAGCAUGGGCCCUCAUCGAUGUGGGAUGAUUCCCUAACACCUGUCCCCCAGGCCUGCAUGGCCCCCAGCCACUUAAUGGAGUCUGUUCCACUGAAGUCAACCCCCAGGUUCUCCCUUUUCCCUCUGAAGCAGUCCCCCCCACACACAGUGGGAUCCGGCAGUCACAUGUGCUACGAGCCAGGUGUGAGCCUGCCCAUCGGUCCCGAGAGAACCCCCUCCUCUUCCUCUGUGGGGCAGCAGCCAGGCUUGGAGACGCACUUGUACCCCCCGCACCUCGGUAAGGGGACUGGGCUGCACUUCACCCCACUGACAAUGGUCCAGAGCCCCCACAUCCUGGGGGAGAGCACCCUCCCCUCUCCUCCCAGCCGCUCCUCCUCGUCCGGGGAGGGUACCUGUGCAGUGUGUGGGGACAACGCUGCCUGCCAGCACUACGGGGUGCGCACCUGCGAGGGCUGCAAGGGCUUCUUCAAGAGAACGGUGCAGAAAAACGCAAAAUAUGUUUGUUUGGCGAGCAAAAACUGCCCAGUGGACAAGCGCAGACGAAACCGGUGCCAGUACUGCCGGUUUCAGAAGUGUCUCAGUGUGGGGAUGGUAAAAGAAGUGGUCCGUACUGAUAAUCUGAAAGGGAGAAGGGGCCGCCUGCCCUCCAAACCAAAGAGUCCCUUACAGCAAGAGCCCUCUCCCCCCUCUCCUCCACUCAGCCUGGUCAAUGCCUUAGUGAGAGCACUCAGUGAGUCUACACCCAGAGAGCUCGACUACUCCAGGACCUCACUCUCCUCUCCUGCACCUCAGUUCUGUGCUACAGACCAGCCGUCCGCCUCCACUGACGCCCAGCACCUCCAGCAGUUCUACGGCCUCCUUACCGUCUCGAUAGAGGUGACCCGAACCUGGGCCAACAAGAUCCCGGGGUUCAACGAGCUGCCCAAGGAUGACCAGACCCUCCUCGUAGAAUCUGCUUUCCUGGACCUCUUUGUGUUAAGACUUGCGAACAGGUCGAUUCUUGCCGAGGAUAAGUUUGUGUUCUGUAACGGACUCGUGCUGCAUAGAUCUCAGUGCCUUCGUGGGUUUGGGGAGUGGCUCGACUCUGUCAAAGACUUUUCUUCAAACUUUCAAAGCCUUAAUCUGGACAUCGCCGCCUUUGCCAGCCUGUCCGCACUAAUCAUAUUAACAGAGCAGCGGCAUGGGUUAAAAGAACCAAAGAAAGUGGAGGAGUUGCAGAACAAGGUCAUCUGCUGCCUGAGGGACCGCUUGAGCUUCAGCAGCAGUGAAGGUAGUGGAGCCGGUGCAGGGAAGGGGUCGGCAUUGCUGUCCAGGGUGCUGAACGUGCGGAGCGAGCUGAGGUCCCACCGCAGACAGGGGCUUCAGCGCAUCUUCUACCUGAAACUAGAGGACCUGGUCCCGCCACCGCCCAUCAUCGACAAAUUCCUGGACACCCUCCCCUACUGAGUCAGCUAGCCAGCGAGGCAACCCUCUGUCUCUCUUUCUCUCUCUCUCUCUCUCCCCCGGCAGUAAACUCCCCAUGGAGGUAGAGCCAUGCACUUCAGCAGCCCAGUCUGGUUUAACACAAUAAAUGAGUAGAAAGAGACGAGGAGGAAAAAGAAGAAGGAACAGCCCAGACACUUCAUGUUUGUGGACUUCCUAGUACUCCCUGACUGUUUUUUUCUUGCAGAACUGUUAACAUAAAAAAACUGCUUUGCUGCUUUAUAUAUA